CCAAGCCCAAAAUGGCAAAUAUUAAGCUUUUAACAAAUCACUGGUCAGAAAAUUAGCAAGAAUUAAACAAAUGCACUCCUGAGAGCUCCUGUUCCACCAUUUGCUCCUUUACUUUUUCAUUUGCUGCAGUGAACUGUUUGUGGAAAAGCUAGAAACAGGGAAAGUCACUUAUAUAGUCUUCUUGUACGCAAAGGUAAAAUCAUGAUAAUAUUAAAAUGUUUGAUGAAAAAUUCAAACUAACAGAUGGUACGGUGUACAAAAUUUUCCAAAAAUAUCUUCAGGUUUUGGUUUUUUUUUUUUUCUUAAAAGAUUAGUCAUUAUUUGGUUAUGUGCCACACCACCAUCAAGGGCCUGAUAACAAGCUCAGAAAUGGAACUAUGAUUGAUAGAGCAGGGAUACAGAUCUACAGUAUUUGUUAAUUCUUGCUAAUUUCCUAACCAAUGAUUUGUUGUUAAGACCAUUAAAAUCUUAUAUUUUGCCAUUUUGGGCUUGGUCUUUUUUUUUUUUUUUUUGCCCAGAGUGUACACUAAUUUGUGUGGUAAUGCACAACACAGCUGGAUCCUACUGUAAAGAAUAAUAAAAUAACAAAAUAGUGCGUUGCCGUUUUAUAACCCCCCAAAAUAGUAGCCCAUAUAUGCGGUUUCGGGGAAACACGUACCCCUAAAGACCGAGUAGACCUCUUCUCCAUGUUUAAAAAGGGAAAAGAAAUCUGAGCGCAACAAGUUGGAAGAAAGGAGGGAGCUCGCGUGAAGCAGGAAUCAUGGCGCAGGUUAAACAGGCGGGUUAUUGUUUAGACGCCGUGCUGAAGUGAUUUAAGGCGGCGGUGCUGAACACAGCCUGUAAAUCUCUGCGUGGCGAAACGGGAGAAAUUUCGAGAAGGGGCUAAAUGCCUUGACUGGAGUACAGGCUCGAUUUGGCUUGAGGGUAAGUAAAGGAAAGCAAACACAAAGAACUUCCUCUGCCACGUUGGAAAUCUCGCCAGGCUCUGUUCAUUCCUGUCCCACUGAAGAACGGAGCAAGAGAGGAAACUGCAGCACAUUACGCUUUGCCGCCAUGCUGCCACCUGCUGCUCUGUGUUUAUCACUGGUCUUGAUGGUCAGCACCUCUACGUCCCAGCAACCCCUGACCUCAGGUGAUCCCCAGCAGAAGAGCUUUUCAUCCCUGAGCCACCCCAGCUGGUCCUUAGGGCUGGAAGUGUACAGAGCCCUUCGUAGUGAAGGCUCUCACAUCAACACCCUCAUUUCGCCUGUAUUGCUUGCCAACUCACUGAGUGCGUUGAGCCACACAGCCAAGGGAGCCACAGCCAGGCAGCUCCAGGAGCUCCUAAAGACCAACAAGGAUGAGAAACAAGCUCAGAAAUCUUCAUCAAGUCCACUUAAAUCCAUGAGAAAAGCAAAUGGAACCAGCUACAUGCUGCAUGGUUCCUCAGCUAUCUUCUCCAAACAGGUUCCUACACUGGAGAGCAGCUUCCUGGAGGAGCUGCAGGCCCAGUUUGAACUGGACCAUGUGGCUUUAGGUGCAGGAGAUAAACAGGGAGAUAUGGAGAAGCUCAGGUCCUGGGCCAAAAGUGGAAUGGGAGGAGUGAAGGAGAUGCCACUGAAUGAAGGACCAGAUGCUAAAGAAGGAGCCCUGAUCCUGGCCAGUGCUCUGCAUUUUAAAGGGUUUUGGGAUCAUGGCUUUGACAAAGAAAAUGAAGACUUGCGAAGCUUUUUGGGGACCAAGUACACCAAAGUGUAUAUGAUGCACAGAGCAGGAGUAUACCGUCACUAUGAGGACAUAGAGAAUAUGGUGCAGGUGUUGGAGCUGGGUCUGUGGGGUGGAAAGGCCAGCAUGGUGCUUCUGUUGCCUUUCCAUGUGGAGAGUCUGGCCAGGCUAGAGCGCGUGUUGACACUCGAGCAGCUGGAGAAAUGGCUGGGGAAGCUGAGCAGCAUGAGCAUGGCACUGUCUCUGCCCAGGGUCAAUGUCAGCAGCACACUCAGCCUACAGAAACAGUUAGUCGCACUGGGCGUGGUCGAUGCCUGGGACCAGAAAGUGGCAGAUUUCUCAGGUCUUGGGAAGGGGAAGCUCCAUCUGUGGGAUGUUCUUCAUUGGGCAUCCCUGGAACUGGCGUCUGAUUCUGGAAGUAAGGACGGCAUAGACGAGAAUCAGCAUGUGGAGAAACCCAAACUUUUCUAUGCAGAUCAUUCCUUCAUUAUACUGGUGAAGGAUAACAGCACUGGAGCUCUGCUGAUGUUGGGUGCACUGGAUCUGGCAGAAGGAGCUACACUGCAUGAUGAGCUAUAAAGGAUGGAUGACGUAUGGAUACUGUUUUCAGUAUCUCUUCAGUCUCUUCAGUAAAAUGGUCCUUGAAGAACGGUGACAGCCAUUUGUCCAGUGACACUGUGUAUACAUAUAUAUAUAUAUAUUUAAAUAAAUAUGGAAUGUGAUGAGUGAGUAAUUAUAGGUCCAAUUUUACAGUACUGUAAGUGGGGAAAAAAACAGAGAAGACAUGAUUAAGGGUCGGCAGAAGCUUGUAUUAUUUCUAACACCUAUCGAGCUCCAUUAAAUGUGCAAAGAAGAGCUAAUGGAAGGUGUAAAACGAUUUAUUAGAGCUUAGAAAAUCUAGGCGAACAAUUUCACCCAGGCUGAACCUGGAACUCAUUCCAUUAUUGUAACAAACGGGCUCACCAUGAGCGCACGCCAGGCAUUCACACACUGAUGGCCCCCCUGAGAGAUUAAUCCUUUCACACUUGUGAAAUAUUCAGUGGAUUGUUCUCAGAUCUUUCUGUGAUAAUGUGUCACUUUUACUUAUAUUCAUAUUGGCAUCCCGACACAUCUCCUUCUCUCAUUUUAACACUCGGAGAUCUAAAGACUCAAUAAGGCAACGUGAUCUUUUCUACCAAAUACAAUAUCUAACACUGGUAGUCCCAAAGUUGGCAAGCUUAUCCAAACCCAAGCCAAAGGGUGCAUUUACUUUCUCACCACACACCACUUGCAAACUUAAUGAUCUGACAGUUGCACUGAACUCUGACAUGGGAUGAGCUUGUUCUCCCUCUCUCUCUCUCUCUCUCUCUCUCUCUAAGUUGUUCCCAAAUAGAUUGGGAGCUCCAGGGGGUCAAGCUCUAAGCUGUCAUGCCGAUUCCCACUCCAGGAUCAGUCCCCUGAGAGAAAGAUUGCUCAACCAGGCUGUUAUUGAUGGGAUCAGCUUAAUACUAAUGACGCUAAUGACUCGAGACCACUGUCAACACCACAGGCAGACGAUAAACCUUUAAUCUUUUAAUGCCUCCUCGGAUCAAUGGAGGCUGUGCCCUUGCGACACCAUUGUCCGUUUAGAGUGGUUAGGAAUUACAUUUAAAAUGCUGUUUGUGUGGUUUUUUUAUGUAAUGUGUUAUGUGUUUUUUUUUUAAUUUUAUAAUGAAAUGUUACAAACGAUGUUACUAAACUAUUGGUAUUACUGGAUUGGUAAUGUACUGUAUGGCAAUGGUAUUAUUUCAAUUAAUGUCAGAAUAAAAUGGCAGAAUCAUGAAAUGUAUUCAUGAAAUGUAUGAAUUUAUGGUAACCUAAAGGUGUCGAUAUAAAAGUACUGUGUCCUUAAGUAGACUCUUUAAAUAGUUCUCGAGACAGCUGGGUUAAGCCUAACUCUGGCAAAAUGUAAUUUAAAAUAAAAAUCAUGAAUUAGAAGGGCUGUUAGGGCUCUAUCACCCUUUAAAGUAUCCCUCAGUAAGCUUUAAGGUUUUUUGUUUUUUUUUCAAUUACUUUCAGAUGCGUCGGUGCGUUUGGAAGCACACAUGCUUUGAAAUGACAUUAUUAUUUCUGAAGGCAAGAAGUGUUUGUUACUUUUGGAUAAUGCAUCCUCUCUCGGGUGUUCUGAAAGUAUAAAUGUGUACAUUUGUCCACAUCUAGGGGAAACAUCAAGGAUUCAGCCUGGAGGUAAGCCUGUUCCUCUCAGCUAGCUACAGCAUCCCUGAGAUAGCUGUGUAGCAUCCUGCAGCAGUUCACUAAACUAAACACACUGAGUCAUUUUACAUACUGAACAUUACCCAGUUAGCCUUUACAAAUGCACAAACAAUUUAUUUAGGCUAUGAGUAAUAAUUUGGAUCUAGUUAGCCACGAUAAGCAUACAGAGUAUGGACAAUG